CCUUUGAUAUUUAUAAGCUCUUUUACCUAUUGGUGCUCAAUUAAACUCUUGGUUUGAAAAUGGAUAAUAAUAGGGAAAAGAAGGUAAUGAACUUGAGCCAUUCAUCGUCGGCAUCACAACAACCUUUUCAAAUGCACAAUUUUAUGCCGAUGCCUUCCUCUUCUCUUCAUGUUGACCAUCAUCAGUGCGAAGCCGAAAGAGGUGCAUCUUUCGUGAACCAAUUGAAAGAAAUUAUGCAAAGUUUUUGGAGAGACAGACUUUCUGAGAUAUGUGACGCUCCUACUGAUGUCCGCAGUCCACACACACUGCCAUUAGCUCGCAUAAAGAAAGUCAUGAAAUCUGACGAAAAAGUUAAGAUGAUCAGUGGCGAUACACCGGCAUUGUUUGGUAAAGCGUGUGAAAUAUUUGUGAUGGAAUUAAGUGUACGCGCAUGGAUGCACACUCAACUUAACAACCGCAAAACUGUGCAGCGCAACGACGUCGCCUACGCCAUUAGAGACGACGCUACUCUCUUAGCAUUCCUCGACGACGUCGUUCCCUUGGAAUCACACCACGAGCCCCAAGUUUCCAUCAGUCAUCACCAUGGAGUUUAUGUUCCUCAUCCAUUCACAAACCAAUCACUACUGGAGGGAGGAGGUCGUCCCGAUCAUGAUCAUCACUUGCCCUUUCCCAUUAAUCUGCAUCACAACUAUAAUCCUGAUGCACAUGUACAUAUGGGGAGGAGCGGAGGAGAGCAACACAUUAAUCAUAAUUUUCCGCCAUCUUAUGAUGGAACCAAUCCUUACCUUACUUUUAAGGAAUUUUUUCAGUGAAAAGCAUGCAUAUGGGAGCAAUAUGAAGAGGAAACAGGUCUAUGUUGCUGAUAAGUUACUAUGAUAAGAUAACAUACAUUCAAGAGAUGAUUAAAAGAAUUUGGGAUCAUAAGUUUAUUUGGCUUUUGUUACUUAUAUAAAAAAAAUCAACAAUUGUUCCCAUUUCUCCUCUUAAUUGGUGAUUCUAAUCUCCCGAUCUAUUAAUUAAAGACGAAGCAUUUUACCAGCUAAA